GGGGGCAGCAGCGCGCCCCCGCCCCGGAGCUCGUGUUCUGCCCCGGAAGCGGAACGAUCUUCCUUUCUUGUUUCUGCUCGGCUAAGAGACGCUCUGAGAAAUGGCUCCUCGUAAAGGAAAGGAGAAGAAGGAGGAGCAGGUCAUCAGCCUGGGUCCGCAGGUGGCUGAAGGAGAGAACGUCUUUGGCGUCUGCCACAUCUUCGCCUCCUUCAACGACACCUUCGUUCACGUCACCGACCUCUCUGGGAAGGAAACAAUCUGCCGCGUCACCGGCGGGAUGAAGGUGAAGGCCGACAGGGACGAGUCGUCUCCGUACGCCGCCAUGUUGGCAGCCCAGGACGUUGCUCAGCGCUGCAAAGAGCUGGGAAUCACAGCUCUGCACAUCAAGCUGAGGGCCACCGGGGGCAACAGGACAAAGACUCCAGGACCUGGAGCCCAGUCUGCCCUCAGAGCUCUGGCUCGAUCCGGCAUGAAGAUCGGAAGGAUCGAGGAUGUCACUCCGAUCCCGUCGGACUCCACCAGGAGGAAGGGCGGUCGCCGUGGCCGACGUCUGUAACUCACCAGAUUUCACAAUAAAAGGUUAACAAAG